UCCCCGAAGGUAGGGGCGUUGCGGGGAGGAAGAGAUCGUCAAAGAUUGGUGCCCGGAAGGGACAGUGGAGGAGCUGAGAAGCAAGUUGGGAGGUGUUAGGUGAACUAUCCCCGUGGGUUUCGGGAAUGGGGGCGCUCAGUCUCUUCCCUCCCAUCCCUUGGGAGCUCAGACACGGCGGGAGACACCGGGGAUGAAUCAGCUUCCUGCGUCCCAGCACAGAGCCAGAUCGACACGCACCUGAGCGCGCGGAUGCCAGCCCGAGGGGGCAGGGCCAUCGUUGCACGUGACCCACCCCCCUCCGCAGGUGGGGCCAGGCGGGGCUAUGACUCAUGCGGCUCCGCCGCCCGCUCCUCCCCUCUCGGCUGCUUCCGACUCGUUCCCGGCCGCUUGUCAUUCGCGCCGCUUUACCUGAGCAGCUCCGCUCUGCCUCCCGGUCGCCCGCCUGCCCGAUCAGCCGCCGGGUCCCAGGUUGCUGGAGAGAGCUGGGGUUCCCUAUGGGCAGAAUGCAGGUGAAGCCUGUGUGUGCCAACCACCACUUGUCCUGCUGGGUCAUCGCUGGGGAAUCAGGCAUCUGAGCUCAGGAUCCAAGGAGCAAGAAAGAAGGAGGGGGAGAGAAGAGCGUCUUUGGCCUCUGGGAAGUUCUAUAGACUAGAAGCCUGAAGCUCCCCCUCCUUCCCCUAGUUUAAAUCUGCUCGAACACCAACCACCCCUUCCUCCUGUCCUCACUUGACUAGUGGCUGUGCCAGGGGCACAGGGGGCACAGGGGCUGUGCCAUGGCGUAUUCUCAGGUGCAGUGCUUGGACGACAGCCACGUGAAUUGGCGUUCUAGCGAAUCUAAACCUGAAUUCUUCUAUAGUGAGGGGCAGAGGUUGGCCCUGGAAGCCCUGGUGGCUGAUGGCCCCGAUGCCUUCUAUGAAGUUCUCAAGAAGGAGAAUAUUCGGGACUUCUUGUCUGAAUUGGAGCUCAAGAAAAUCCUGGAGACAAUUGAAGUCUAUGACCCAGGGUCUGAGGAUCCCCGGGAACAAAGAGGUCUCAGUGAGGGCUCUGGGCCCAUUGAUAAAGAAGAGGAUGGAGAGGGAGGUGGUGAUGCUGAUGCUGAUCUGGUUCCUUCCUUGGAGUACUGGCCACAAAAAUCAGACCGAUCUAUCCCACAGCUGGACCUUGGUUGGCCUGAUACCAUUGCCUAUCGUGGGGUGACCCGUGCCAGUGUGUAUAUGCAACCUCCCAUUGAUGGACAAGCCCACAUCAAGGAGGUGGUCCGGAAGAUGAUCAACCAGGCACAGAAGGUGAUUGCUGUAGUCAUGGACAUGUUCACAGAUGUUGAUAUCUUCAAGGACCUGCUGGAUGCUGGUUUCAAGAGGAAGGUGGCUGUGUAUAUUAUUGUGGAUGAAGCCAAUGUGAAGCAUUUCUUGCACAUGUGUGAGCGAGCCCAGAUGCACACAGGACACCUGAAGAAUCUCAGAGUCCGGAGCAUUGGAGGAACGGAAUUUUUCACACGUUCAGCUACCAAGUUCAAGGGAGCCCUGGCUCAGAAAUUCAUGUUUGUGGAUGGUGACCGAGCAAUGUGUGGCUCCUACAGCUUCACAUGGUCAGCAGCCAGGACAGACCGGAAUGUGAUCUCUGUUCUCUCAGGUCAGGUAGUAGAAAUGUUUGACAAGCAAUUCCAAGAGCUGUACCUCAUGUCUCAAGGGGUCAGCCUUAAAACAGUCCCCAUGGAGAAAGAGCCGGAGCCUGAACCUAUCAUCCUGCCCACAGUCAUCCCGUUGGCUCCAUCAGGCACUGUCGCCAAGAAACUCAUUAACCCUAAAUAUGCUCUGGUGAAGGCCAAGAGUGCAGAUGAGAUUGCUAAGGCCUCUUCUGAGAAGCAGGAGAGUGGAGAGGGCAAGAAAUUGGAUGGCAAGGGGAAAGUGUUGUUGGGGAACCAGCUGGCAGAGCGGCCUGGUGACUUCCUAGAACAGCCCCUACCCAUCCACCCAGGGCUGCUGAAUAUGGAGCGUGCCAACAUGUUUGAUUACCUGCCCACGUGGGUAGAGCCAGACCCCGAGCCUGGCAGUGACAUCCUGGGCUACAUUAACAUCAUUGACCCCAAUGUGUGGAAUCCACAGCCCAGCCAGAUGAACCGAAUCAAGAUCUGUGACUCUUCCUCUCAGGCUGUGGCCCAGUACAAACUGUUACAAAGGCGGCAGAGCCAGGAGGUAGUUAGCCCUGUAGUUGCUGUACCUCCUCACCCUCCUGCAGCUGUGGAAGAGACAAAGGACCUGCCUGCCUCACCCCAUGAAGAGCUCAGUUCAAAAGAUGUUCCCACUCCAACAGGUAAAGAUAGAGACCAGGGAGUCUUUGCCACCUUGGCUGAAAAUGGCCAUCUCCAGGAUAGAUGCGAGCAGGAGGACACAGAGAUCAAGCCACCAGUCCCUAAGCCCAGGACAGUCCAUGUCACAGACUUUCUCACCAAAGGCAACUCAUAUGAUGGUGGCUUAGACUACCAGGGUGGGGGACCCCUUGAAGAGGAAUCAUUCCAGCAAGAAGGGCCAUCCAAUAACACUCCCUACAGACCUCAUGAGAACUCUGGCCAAAACCCCACCAGUGGGCACUGCCAGCUUCUCCGACAGCUGUCCAUGUCCCAGGAGGGCCAGGACCUACCUUCUCCAGGGACUCCCAAUGGGCUCAAUGUAGAAGAGGAUGAGGAGGAUGAUGAUGACUAUGUGACCAUCAGUGACCAGGACAGUUUUUCAGGUGGCUCCACCAACAGUCGCCACAGACAAUCUGCAGCAUCCUCUGUGUCAGAUGAAUACUUUGAGGUGAGGGACAACUUCGCCCAACUCCGGAGGCGCCACUCAGAGCACAUGCCCAAUGGGGCUGGUCAUACACGACCACUAUACAGGAAACUGAGUGACCCCCACAUGAGCCGGGGAACAUUCAUGAGUCCUCUGAGGAGCUCCCAAUGGCUGCAGAGCUCAGGGGGAGAGAAUGAGUAUGGCAGGAAGAAAAACAACGGCAAAGAGGAAAUUAAACAUGUGUUGGGAAGGGGCCCCCAGCGUGACAGCAACAAGGCUUACACUAGCCCUGCAAUCCAGGGCCAGCAGUUGUACCGUUAUGGAGAUAAACGACCUGCUUCUGGGACCAGAGACAAAGGCAGCUUCCAGCAGUCGGGAAAGAACCCAGAGCUUUCCAAAUACCGACGGGAUGGCAUCCACGCAGCUGAUGCCUUCCAGCACUCCACCAAAAAAUCCGGGCCGACAACAGUGGGCUCACGCAUUUGGCCAACCAAAGGUGGCCCCCCGGACAGCAGGAACCUGAGGUCUGCUAGAACUCCAGGCAGCCCAGCUGAGAGUGGGAGCCGGGAAGAGUUGUCGACCCCGUUUGGUAUCCCCCUCUCCAAACUAUCCCAGAAUAAAAUCCUCAGGAACAGGUCAGGUGGGGGCCAGUGGGCCUCUGCUGAUUCUCGGCGAAGGGCUCCGGGACCCACAAGCCACAAGGAUUAAAAAGCAAGUCCACUCUCCCUCACCCUGCUCAGCCCAGAGCUGCUUGCUCCUUUCAUUGGAGCCCUUGACACUAGACUCUGAUAAUGCAAGUAUUCUUGAACCAAUGCUGCUUGGACCUCGGAUGGGGGAACUGCAUUUGUUGUACAUAUGACAUACGGGGCAGGAGGAGGGGAUAUGAUGUUUACAUUUACCUGAUCAGUGCACCAGUACCAUGUGGCCAUGAUGGUUAAACCGAAGGUCAUCCCAGUCCAUGGGAGGUCUCCAGAGCGGGGGUCUCGGAACAUGUGCAUGGCAUCAGCCCGGGGCAGGUGGCAUGUUGUGUUAGGGAUGGUCUUGUUUGGUAUUGCCUGUAAGUAAGCCGCUUCCAACUGGUUAUAACCCCCAAUUUGGUCAAAAGCUGAAAGGGAAAAUGGGAAAUUGAGGGGGAAAGGAAAAGAAGAAGCAGGGGAGGGAGAUAUUGGCUAAUUGGACUGGCUAAUGUCUCCCCUCCCUCCUGCAACUGAUUUCCUGGUGCAACAGUUAUUAAAAUUUUCCUACAACCUCAUCAUUUCCACACAUAUGUUUGGAAAGGAGUUGGGGAGUGAAAAAAAAAAAAAGAUAAUUUCAUGAUUGUAUUUUAUUUUUAUUUAAAGAGAACAAAAUUAUUAAAAGAUAAUUUUGCACAUUAGAACUACUAGA